AUGAAUUAAAAUUAUAUUGACCAAGCCUUUUUGACUAAGGUUUGAAAUUCAAUUUAUUUACAUAGCAAUUCUAUAGAGCAUUUGGAAAUUAUUUUGGACCUCAUACUUCAACACCAAGUAUAGGAUCAGAAUAUUUAUCAUCAACAAGAACUCAGACAUCGAAUUUGAACAAAUAAAACAGUUUAAGUAAACCUAUUACAACACCUUAAAAUGUGAACAAACCAAUUAAUUUAAAUUCUGUUAGAGUGAAAACUUAGACCCAACAUAUUUCUAAAUAACAGCCAAUAGUUCAUCAUAUAAAAAGUUUGUCAUCAGAUUUAAAGAAUUAAACUCAUUAAAAAAGAUUCAAACAGGAGAAAAUGAUAUUAUACACUGAAUCAUAAUAACAUCCAUUUUUAAUCAUUUCAAAAAAAGCAAAGGAAUUAAGAAAAAUAGAAUCUCGAAAAAGUACUUUACCUUCAAUAUAAACAGAAUCAUAACAUAGUGCUAGAUUACCAGAAAUAUCUUAAAUUAUUCAAAUUCCAAUUAUUUAAAUAACAGAACCUUUAGAAUAACAUUCACCUAAAGCUUAAGAACAUGAUUCUGAAAAAGAUGAUGAAUCUUAAGGUGAAGAUGAUAAUCUUUUAGGUUAAAAGAGAAUGAAGAAACUUUCUGUUAGACUUAAGUUUAAAAAUGCUGUUUAAUCUUAAGUUUCUACACUUUUUAUCAACAGAUAAGUAAAAUGUAUAUAAAUAUAUUUAAGCCAAAAUCUCUCUUUAAUGUUAUUAUUUCACCAGAAUUCACAUUAUAACAUGAAGAAGAACGUCAAAAAAUAAGUGAUGCUUUAGAAGCAGGGAAUUUUAUUUUAUAUAAAACUAAGUAAAUUGAAUAAAAACAUGCAACCCAAAAAAAAAAGUUAUUUGUCACAUUAUUUAAUAUAAAACAUCCUCAUAAAAUGAAUAAUAUAGUCAGUUCAUAAAUUGCUAAACUUAAUACUACUAAUAAAGCAUUUCAAAGAAAAAUUAAAAUGAUUCUUACUACAACUGAAAAUAGCAAAGAAAUUGAGUAACCAUAAUAAUUUUCAUUACUAUCUAAAUUUAAGAAAAGUUAAUUUAGUUAAUAAGGAAGUAAUGAACAUUUUCCUUAACCUAUCAAUUUAAAUAAAGAUUAAUUUACAAUUACAAUUACUAACGAUUAAUUAGAAAAUGAAAUUCAAAUUUUUAAAAGACCUAAAUUUUCUAUUUAAAGAGAUUAAAUUAUUGAAGAAAUUCAGCAAGCAUAGUCUCCACCUAAAUAAGCUAAUUCUCCUGGGAGAAGAAUCUUAAAACAUUCAGGAUCAUUACAUCAAUCUUAAAAACAUAUUAAUCUAAGGCAUUCUGUCUCAUAAUAAAUUAUUAAAGAAGAAUUUCCAAAUGUUUCAGCUUUAUCCUAUAUUGAAGAAUAUAAUAACUUAGAUUUUAAUUAAGAAUUCUCAAAAGUAUUAAUUAUUAUUGAUUAUUCAAGUCUAAUUUAUAUGUCAGACUUUUUUAUUAAAGUAGAUUACACAAAUUACCGAGAAAAACUACUUUUGUUGGAAUGAAUCUUUAAGAAAUUGAAGAUUAUUUUUCUUCUUAAUUAUAAUUGAUUAAAUUAACACAUAUGUAUUUUCUCAAUAUAAUUAGAAAUUUUUAAGCCACUGAGAUACCUGGAUUAGAAUAAAUUGGUCCAACAUUUGAAUAAAAUUUAGAUUUCCCAAAAUUUAUUCUUAACUAAUCAAAAUUAAAUUUAAACUUUAAUUUUGAUGAAACUGAAACAUUUACUUCAAGUGAAUCUGAAAGGAGUUAGUCUUUUGAUCUACUUUUAGAAGAACCAAUUUAAAGUUUAAUUUUGUAUAAAUUUAGGCUAGGAUUAUCAUAAGAAGAACAUGAAAGUAAAAUAGUUAAUAUUAUUAAAUCACUUAAUAAUUUAGAUUAACAAAAAGAUGAAACAAUAUUUAUUGAGGAUGAUUUUAAGAAUCUAAAAUGUAAUUAUUUAUUCUUAAUAAUAAAUUAGCUCUAUCAACUGGUUAAUUGACACUUAUUAAAAAAGCUAGAAAUCAUUUUCUAUAACCACUAGAUUUAAAAUGCAUUAUAAAUACGUUAGAUUAGAAUACAAAAAAUUAAUUAUUAACAUUCCCUUAAAAAGCUAGACCUAUUAAUGAAAUAUUAGAUUCAAUACAUUCUGAUAAUGAUAGUUGGGCUUUUAAAUAACUUGAAAAAUAUAAUAAUAAGGCUGUUUUAAAAUAGAGAAUUUAAUAAUAGUUAGAUAUGAGAUAUGAAAUAAUAAUGAUUGGAAGAUAUUAAGAUAAACAAAAGGUUAUUGAUAUUGAGCAUUAAGAAUUAAUGGAUACCUUAUAAAACUUGCCUGAAAUACCAAAAAUAAAGGAAAUGGAGAAAUUAUAAAAAAAUUAAAAAACUUAACAGUAAUAACAAUAAUAAUAAUAACACUAAUAAAUUACAAAUUUAUAAACUUAAAAAGCAGAAUAAUAGAUAAGAUAACUAGCUAGUAUAAAAAAAAAUUUACAUAAUAAAAAAUAACUUAAAAAAAAUUAAACUUAGACAAUAAAUAUUUAACCAAAUUUAAAGACCAAAUAAACGAGCAAUUCACCAGAUUAAAGCAAUUCAAGAUUAACUAUGUAAAAUUCUAAUUAAUUGACAAAUUAAUAAACUCAAAAUAAUAAUAUAAUAACCUAAUCAACAACACAAUAUUUAACAAAACCAACUAACUAAUCUUAAUAAUCAGUAAAUGUUUCAGGAACAAAAUUAAUUUAAAAAAGUAAAUCAAAUGCAGAUUUAAGUGAAACAUCAUCUAUAAAAUCUUCAAAUAGUUAAUUAGAAAUUAGAUCAUAAAAAAUAAUAGAUGUAGACAAUUAAAAGAAUUAAGCAAAGAUUUAACAGUAACUUGAAGUACAAAAUGAAAAAAAACCCAAACAUCAUUAGACAAAAUCAGAAAAUUUAAUAAAUAAAAUCUAUGAAUAAAAAGUAAAUAUGAUAAAUACUUUUUUAGAUCUAAAGUAUGUAAUAGCAUUCAUUGAGAAUGAGAAGCCAUGCAGAAGAAUAAACAAGAAGGCAAAAGUACGAUCAAAAGUAUUAAAUAAGGUUUGCAAUAGAAGAUAAUAAUUUUUAAGAAGUAAAUGAAUUAUCUUAAGACGAAAAUAGUUUAUGGAAAACUUCAUGCAAUUACCAGAAAUGUAUAUUGAUUAUAGAUUCUAAAAUAAUGAAACAUUCCUUACUUUAGCAACACAAAGUGGAAAUAAAGACAUUGUAAAAGAAUUAAUAAAAAGAGGAGCAGAUAUUAACAUAUAGAAUGUAUUUUUUUACUAAAAAAGGAUGACGGAAACACUCCCUUGCAUUUGGCUUUAGCAUAUUCUCAUUAUAAUAUAGCUGAUAUACUAAUGUUAUCUGGAGCCUCUUCUCACAUUAUAAAUAAUUAGGGUAGGAAUGCGUGGAACGUAAUAUGAUAAUUUUAUGUAUCUACUAAUAAUUUUGAAUCUAUAAAAAUUACUAUCUUAGAUCUAUUUAGUUACUUAUUGUAAAAUCUGA